UGAGAACAGCUGAUCGACAACUUUCUCACAUGUUAAUACGGCGUAACUUUGUUAUUAUUUAACAUUUGCUGAGUAGGGCUGCUGUGAGCAAUGUAUCUGAACUGCCUACCACGAGCACAAUGGAAGCACCUACAAUGCCUGUUGCAUGUCCGUCAGCUUAAGUUGCUGAUGGGGCGUGCAAACAUCGGGACAAAGCCGCCCAUAGAAACAGCUGCUUUGCUGCCGGCAAAGAAACAUCAACUAAGGAGGUUCUCACAGCUGAUAGACGGAGCUCCCCAGGACAAAUUCGACGAAAUGAGUAAGCAGGAUGCUCUGCUAAGACGGCUGGAAGAGGCCAACACGAGCGACAGGCUUCUGGAGGUGUUGAAAAGCAGCGACAGCCUGCAGAGCUCCCAUGUGGUGGAGGCAAUCUCUCUGUUAUGGCAGCACUAUCAGGACAUGGAUCAGCCAGGUAGAGAAGCCAUCACACAACGUGUACUCGUGGAUAUACUGCCAAUGCUGGGUCCUUGCAUAAACCAACUGGAAGUCAACAAUCUUAGUCGUUGCUAUCUGUACCUGCGAAAAAUGCACAUACCAAACUGCGAGCCAGUCGUGGAGGCCACGCUAAUUAGAGCUCUUCAAGUGGUCGAAGCACAAGUGCAUGGAGCGGUCAUUCCAUUGACUGCCUUGUCCCGGCUCUCAGUGGGAAUUAACUUGGAGCGCGACUUCUUUACCCCGCUCGUGUGCAGGAACUUUGUGCCGCACCUGGAGCAACACAUAUAUCAAUGCCACAGUGAGGAGCAGGUGCGACUUCUGUCUACGUGCCUCUUUCAGCUGCACUUUCUCAUCGACGAGGAGCUACUUACACACUUUAAGAAUCGAGUGAUUGAACUGCUUCAAAUCGGCGUUCUUAGCAGCAAAACGCCUAAGGCUCUCCUUAAGGUGCUACACAUGCUUAAUAUUCCAUCGUGGUCACAACAUCACACUCAAUUGAUUCGGGAAGUCAUGCUGGCUUUGCGGCAAUGCAUCCACCAGAUGGAGUCCGGAGACCUAAAGAGCAUGUGCCGCGCAUUUCUGCACCACCAGGAGCCCUCCGCACUGAAGGAGCCACUUAAGGAAGCCACUGAGAAGUUAUUGCACGAUGAGAGCACGGCUGACGCUCUGUCGUGUGCCGUACCUUUUGCCACACCCCUCCAAAGGGAUAAGUAUUUGCAACAUUUUAGAGAACUACUCUACUCCGAAGAGGCUUGGCUGCCUGCGAAUGCAAGCGGACACUUUUUCAGUGUUCUGCGUGCAUUGAAGAUCUCCGACGUGGAUUUCUGCAACACGUACUGGUCUGGGGUUAUACGGGAACUGGAGUCUUGCCCGGAGGAGCAAACGCACCUGCGGUUUCUAAGGCAUUGUCAGCGAUACAUGAACUUUAAUAACAACCUGGGAGGAACGUACCGUCACUUCGAGCUAGAACGAAAGCUUAGUCGCAUGUGCAUGAGUGCUGUGGAGGAGGACUUAGCAGGAAGGCUGCCGACAAAGUUUGCUCGCCUGGCAGCCUUUGUGCUGGCUUACGGACAGACUCCUCUAGCCUGGAAAAAGUUUCCCAACAUUCUGCUCAGCAAGAUGCUCGCUAUGGCUCCUCAGCUUGGCAUCCAGGAUUGUUUUCUUCUCAGUCGAGGCAUGCAAAUAGCCUGUGAACUACGAUUUCGGCAACAUCUUCCUUCACUCGCUGGCAUGCAGCUCUCCACAAUGGACAGCAUUCUCAUCGGCUGUGCCGAAAGACAUUUGGCGGGUGCCGAAAAAGAUCCGCUGAAUGCCAGUGAAUUAAGCAUGAUUGUAAGAACACUUAGUCACCGCAAGACGCUGAAGAACACUGUUGUAUACAACCAAGCCCUGCUGCAAUACAAACGACUUAACUGCAAUGAUCUCAAUUCACGGGUGGUUCGGGACAUGGCAUACAACUUCAACACCUCGCAUUUCUGUGUACCCGAGCUUUUGGAGUCGAUGUACGGUUACAUCUCCGAACAGUAUGAGCACAUUACUGGCGACACAGUGGAGAAAGUGUUGACCUGUUCUUAUAACUUAGGCUUUACGCCUGCAUCUCAGGAGGCAUUAGAGUAUUCUUCUAGAGUGUUACUAAGAGACUUUGAGCAGAUGAGUGGAUUGUCUAUUGUCCAGGCUUGUCUAGCACUGUGCUUCUAUAAAUCGAUACCUGCGCAACUGAUCAAUCAGGUGUUUUGCGUGAAGUUCAUUCAGCGAAUUGAAGAUGAAAUUCAGUUUUGCUAUUCAAAGGCAACCUAUCCGGAACGGGUCCUUAACCUAGUAAUGCAACUGAACAGAACUGUCUGCUUGGAUUUCCCCGAAGCGAAUGUACCCUGGUUUCAGCAGAACUACAUUGAGGCCCAGAUAAACAAAAAAACCUUGCUUUCCAGUGGGUCCACUAGCGAGGUCAAACAGCUGCUGCAGAAGCUUCUCCAGAACGACAGUAAUUUCCGUUGCAACCACACAACCCCUUACGGGUAUCAAAUAGACUUUGUGAUACAUUUUGACCGGAAUAGGAAGCCCAUACCGGCACCUCCCGUUGAGUCUACCAUGUUGGAUCGCAUAACCAAAGUGGCCAUACUGUUGCUGAAACUAGACUCAUUUUGCGAGAACGAUCUGACUGCCUUACGGGGUCCAGAGUCUUUGAAGAUGAGACAUCUGGAGAUGAUGGGCUACAAGGUGAUGCAAAUUAACGAACACGACUGGAACUCAAAGUAUAUGGCAUCAACAACAGCCAAAGCCAACUACCUCAAGUGCUUGUUACAAAUUGCCCAUUAGCA